UCACUAAUUGGAAUUAGAAAAAAAAAAAAACUGUGAACGGAAAUUAGGGCUCGUAAGUUUCGAUUUCGGUUGCAGAUUGGGGUGGUAGCGUUGCAAUUGCAACAUUCUUGAAGAGGAAAAAAAAAAGAUUCGGAAUACUUUAGUCAUUUGCAUCCUCCAAUUUUGAUGGAAUAUGUGUAAUCUAUGAUUUCGUUCUUUUAAUUCUUCGAAGUUCAUCUAGGGUUUGCUUUUGCAAUUUGAUAUCAAUCAGAUCGAUUAACCUGCAUCUAUGGCCCGAGCACGCAAUCUAAUUGUUGCUGCGGGUUUAGUUGCUUUCGCUGCAGCAGGCAUGGCAUUUCCCUUCUACAUGGCUUCAUCAAAGAAACCUGUUAUUGACCCAACAAAGCCACUUUCACCACAAGCAACUUUUCGAGGGCCUUACAUUAACACAGGCUCGCGUGAUGUUGGUCCUGAUGUUGGUCCCCAGAAGAAAUGAAGCAAGUUCAGUUAUUUGUUCAAGCUCAUAUAUAUAUAUGCUCAUUGUCUGAGAUUAAAAUUUUUAUACCUCAGUUAGGUGUAUCGUGACUUUGAAGGAAACUAUGAAUGGGAAUUCUUUUCUGUAAGAGGUGUUUUACAAUCUGUAUGUAUGGUUUAUGUUAAUUUUAGCAGUUUGAAUAAAAUAAAAUAAAAAGAAGAUGAAUGGUGUGUUAUUUGUCAUGUGACUUGUAUUGCCUGUGUUGUCUUCUGACCAUGCUACAACAACGACAAAAGUCUUAUUUCACUAGCUGAGUCGGCUACAAUUACAUGAUGCUGAAUAUUGUUUAUUAUGACAUUCCUCAUAACAA